CUCUCCCUUCUUCCUCUCACUCUGCACAUGUUGACUGGCUCAUCACCUCACAUCUCUCCCGACUCAGUAACACCAACCCCUCUCUGCGAGUCAUCAACCCUCCCCAUCAACGAAUAGUCCAUCGGUCCUCGCUAUCAUCCGAGGUGGCAACAUAUCAUCCGCGAGAUAAGCCAGCAUGGGCCGUCAAUUCAGAGUAUACCUCGCCGGCGAGUCCGUCUUCGUGUGUAAACAAUGCGGCAACCAUUUGACCGUCAAAGAAGGUAUACUAUCUAAUCAAUUCACGGGUCAACAUGGAAAGGCCAUGUUGGUACAUCACGCUGUCAAUGUGUAUACUGGCGAACCAGAUGAUCGAGAGAUGAGAACAGGAAAGCAUACCGUUCGCGAUGUCUUUUGCAAGGUAUGUCACACGUGUGUCGGGUGGAAAUAUGAUUACGCCUUCGAACCCGAACAGAAAUACAAAGAAGGUCGAUACAUCCUUGAGAGAGCUCUGGUCGUCGAAAAGCCUGAAACAGGUCCAGAUCGAGGUAAACCGAGAAUCGACGAACUGCCGGUACGCGAACUCACCGCGAGGGUAUAGUCGUCUCGCGUUCAUCGUCUUUGUUGGUGUCUAUCACAUCCGGUUGUGAUACAGGGUUCAAAUCGUUCAAAGUCUCCCCGUGUAAUCAUCUCUCAUUUUUUGUAAAACCUCCUUUCAGCCACCGACCUGUAUACCUGUAUCGAUUCCAAUCUGCCAUUCGGUCACUUUCCGGAUCCUGUUGACACCUACCUAUCACUUCUGUUUUCUUAUCCAUUCAUACUUUCACUUGUUGUUGAUCAUGCAGUUGUUUCAGUCUCUGG